UUUAACAUUGUUAUGUAAUUACAAGAAAUCCUCUCAUAUUUUGCUUUAUAAAGCAUGAUACCUCUGAGUACUCUUUACAAAACACACAAACGAAUAUUCAAAUUAUCAACCAUUAAUUACAAUAAACUAACAAAUUAGCAGCAAUGGUAAGAAAAUCAAAAAUAAGUGUCCAAACAUUUUUCACUCUUAUGAUUAUAUGUGGUGCAAUAUUAUCCUCCAUUGUAUCAAGCGAAGCACGAAGUUACCCACCAGUUCCGCCAUCUCCUCCUCCUCCAAGGCCAAAUGUAUGCCCCGCUUGUGCGUGUUGCACCCCUGCACCACCUGGUGUUUGCUGCAGUUGUUGUCGUGGUCCUCCUAUUGAAGCCCCGAGCCGUCCACGCCCUGUCACUUGACUGCCUUGAGUGUUGUUUGUUCAUGUUAACUCUUUAAAAUUGAUAUGUACAAAUGUGUUUGUUGGAGAACUUCUUUAAGAAUAAAAACAAUGUCGUCGUUUUUUUCAUUAUUGUGUGUAAUUCGUAAAUUAAUGUUCAUGUUCUCAAUGAAAAACAGAAGACAUAAGAGUGUGUAAUGGUUUUUUACUGUUGGCUCCCUUGAGAUAUCUUAUGAUCCUCAUAAUUGCUUCCAUGUGUUGUAUUUGUGAAGAUGUAUAAAUCUAUUAACAACUCCCACAAUGUAUGCGAUGUCUAGUCUGGUGUGA